UUAAAGUGGUGCACAGUCGAAAAUAAGGGAGCAUGGCGGCGGGUCGCUUGUGCAAAAUACACAGUCUAUUAACGCGACUUUCUGCGGGCACCACUCAGCGGCAUGCGCAAUCAUGCUUGGUGUCUGUGCGACAGAAGUCCAGUGUCACAGGUCCUUCACCUGACAGCCCUAACUGUAAUGUGGAAAUUGGUGUGACGUCCGAUGGGAAAACCAUAGUGUGCUACCAUCCCACUGUGGACGUUCCCUAUGAGCUUACCCAGGUAAGAGUGAUUUGUAGCCUCAAAUGUCAAAGUGUCAGUUUUCACAUGAUCUUAAUGAGUUUUAUU